AGAGGGGCUGGGACCCUGAGUCCCCGCGCCGCGUGCGCGACAGGCCGCUCUCCGCUCCCCAGGCAGCCACGUCCUGCUGGGAGAGCGGGGCGGGGAAAGAGAGAAGGGGCGGAGACUGGCUCCCGGCCCUCAGCUGCGCCCGCACCGGUCGCACGGCGCUGCCUGGCUCCAGACCGGUCCGGGUCGGCGCGGCGGGGCGGGCGCGGGCCUGGGCUCGCCUGGCUCCGGGACGCGACACGAUCCUGCUCCCGAGGGGGCCAGCCUUUGGGACCUACCCGCAGUGUCCGGGGGAUACUGACUCAGGCGGGGAACGCCCCACCGCUUGUCUAGGAGAUCUAGGAAAUGCCUCUUUUCCCUAGACCACCGACCUCUUUCCAUAUUUUCACCUUGUAACCCUCACCUUAGCGUGGGUGUGUUGUCGGGGUCCAGGGUAUGUUCGUAUUGAUCCUUGGUGGCUUGGAACUAAUUAACCUCAGCUUCCAAGUCAGCUUGUCAGUCGGCACUUCACGUCAGUGCUCUUUCGAGGGCUAACUUCGGAGCUGUCCGCGAAGUUUUCAAAACCGGGAGGAAGGGACCAACAUCAGGAUCUUCAUAUGCUUUUUCUUUUCUUUUUUUUUUUUUUUUUUGAGAAAGAGUCUCACUUUGUCGCCCUUGGUAGAGUGCCAUGGUGUUAACAGCUAACAGCAACCUCAAACUCUCGGGCUUAAGCGAUUCUCUUGCCUCAGCCUCCCGAGUAGCUGGGGCUACAGGCGCCCGCCACAACGCUGGCUAUUUUUUUGAGACAGAGGUCUCACUCUUGCUCAGGUUGGUCUGGGACCCGUGAGCUCAGGGCAAUCCACCCGCCUGAGCCUCCCAAGUGCUAGGGUUACAGGCGUGAGCCGCCGCACCGGUUAGGGUCUUCAUUUGCUUAUAAAUCGGCUCCCUUUUGGCAGCGUUGAAAUUCUCUAGUCUUUUCUUCCCUGUUACCUUUCCAACUUUGGGCUGUUACAGAUUUUUUUUUCUUUUUUGGGUGGGGGGAGGGCAGAUUAAAGCUACAGAUUUUGCAGACUUUUAGGAAUGAUUGUUUAAAAAGGGAGUGGAAUUUGUGAUUACCUUCUAGCCGUGUGAUGGGAAUGAAACUUAUUUGCCUUGGCCUGAUUUUGGCCAUGUAAAGGAAGCAUUGAUGACAGGUUGAUGAUAACCUAGUAUCGCCAGAUAUCUUUUCGUGUUUCCCUGUCAAAACAAAUGUCCACUGAAGUAUGUCAUUUCAAUCAAUAAAUCAGUCAUCCAAAAAUAAAUAUUUAUGAGUGACUUCUUUGUGCUGCACUGGGCACUACUCAGUAUGAGGUAUAAAUAAAUAGUUAAUAUUUGUCCUCAGUUAAAGAACUGUCAUAAGUCACCACUUGAUUAAAUUGCUAAAUGAAUGCUUAACUAAACAAUGCUGUAGGAGGAAUUCAGAGGAAGAGGAAAUCUUUUCAGAGCUGAGUGGUCCGCAAAGGCUAGUUGAAGCAGUUGUGAUUACCUUAAUUAUCUUGAAGAAUGAGCAGAAUUUGGACUGGGGCUGUCGGUGUUUUUGUAAGAAGGAAUGUAAGAAAAAGUGCAAAGGCCACAGCUUAAGCCUUAUUCAAAGGAGUGAGAAAACCAGUUUGGGUGGGAGAGGACUUGAGCUAGGAAAGGAAAAUAAAGGUAUAGAUGUGGAAAGGUUUCAAAGAAAGCACAAAACAGGAUUGAUGAAUGCAAGUUUAGGAGUGAAGGUAAGAGAAAAUACUAGGAAAAUGGUAACAUCAACAGAAAUAGAGACAUAAAAUACUUGAGAUGAAAGUAGAAGGUAGAGUAUUUUAGGCCUGUUGGUUUGAGUCCAUGGUGGUAUAUUUAAGUAAGAAUGCCCAGUCGACAGAUGGAAAUGUGGCAAUGGAACCUGUCUGGGAUGGGAAGAAGAAUUUGGAACUCAUAAAUCUAGCCAAAAAAGUAGAUGAGAUUUCAGAAAUGGGGAGGGAACAUAGAGCAAAAAGAACAUCUAGACUGCAUGUGAAUAUAUCCUAAUCUGUAAAGUAUUUCAUCUUCAAGUGUUGUUUUUUGAUGGGAGCUAGGAUCUCAAAAUUAUAUCUAUUUGUUAAAAUUCUCCCCCUGUAAUAUUUAUGUUGACUUGUGAUUUUUAAUUUGUUUUUAUUUCAUUCCAGAAAAUAUUGGACAACUUAAUGUGAAGAAUGUAAUAAUAAUUCGAACUUCAAGUCACAUUUUUUAAGUGCAAAGAAAUUUUUAGAAUAUAUUAUGCUCCUUAUAAAAUCAUUUCUAGGGCAGCGCCUGUGGCAUAUUUGACCUUUAUUUGAUGAAGAUCACGAUGCAGAUCAUUUUGUGCUUCGGUUACUUUGAUGUGUUGAAUAUAUGUGAUGUAAAAAUAGAAGAUGUGGAAUAUAGGACAGACCUGAAAUGGAUGAUGAAGAUUGUGAAAGAAGAAGAAUGGAAUGUUUAGAUGAAAUGUCCAAUCUUGAAAAACAAUUUACCGAUCUCAAAGAUCAACUUUAUAAAGAACGAUUAAGUCAAGUGGAUGCAAAACUACAAGAAGUGAUAGCUGGAAAAGCACCAGAAUAUUUGGAACCACUGGCAACUUUACAGGAAAAUAUGCAAAUUCGUACAAAGGUAGCAGGAAUCUAUAGAGAGCUCUGCUUAGAAUCUGUAAAGAACAAGUAUGAAUGUGAAAUUCAAGCUUCUCGCCAACAUUGUGAGAGUGAAAAGCUUUUAUUGUAUGAUACAGUACAGAGUGAACUAGAGGAGAAGAUACGAAGGCUGGAAGAGGAUAGGCACAGCAUUGAUAUUACGUCAGAGCUGUGGAAUGAUGAGCUUCAGUCAAGAAAAAAGAGGAAGGAUCCUUUCAGUCCUGAUAAAAAAAAGCCUGUUGUUGUUUCAGGUCCAUAUAUAGUUUAUAUGCUACAGGAUCUUGAUAUUCUUGAAGACUGGACAACAAUAAGGAAGGCUAUGGCUACACUGGGUCCACACAGAGUGAAAACAGAACUUUUUGAACUGAUCCCUUUAGCACCCGUGAAACUGGAAAAACAUCUGCACAGUGCUAGAUCUGAAGAGGGAAGACUAUAUUAUGAUGGUGAAUGGUAUAUACGCGGACAAACAAUAUGUAUUGAUAAAAAAGAUGAGUGUCCUACAAGUGCUGUAAUUACAACAAUUAACCAUGAUGAAGUUUGGUUUAAGAGGCCUGAUGGAAGCAAAUCUAAGCUUUACAUUUCACAGCUACAGAAAGGAAAAUAUUCAAUUAAACAUUCAUAAUCAUGAUUUAAGUGUUAACUAAAUCUACCUUAUUAGUGUUACCAAGUGUGAUGUGUCAUGAGAGUAAAAAUGUAUUCAAUAACUUAAUAUUCUCAAUGAAUUAUGAGAGCAUAUGUAUUUGUAGGUAGUACUCUAAGUAGAUCUCAUACUGAUAUAUUAUUAAAAGAAACAGUAAUAAAAGUUUAAUCAUGAUUGUUAUGUUUAUUUGCCUCCAGGUCUGAUGACCAAUACGUAUGCUGUAUAUAGUAGGGAUUUCUUUUUAAACACUUUUCUUCAGUUUUCAAAGAAGUAAUGCAAAUUUUUCUUAUCUUUAGUGAACUAUGACUACAUUUACAUGUAUCUGCAAUUUAAAAAAUUUUCCAUGUUUGUUAUUCAUCAUGUGUUUGUAAAUAUGAUAAAAUGUUUUCCUAUAAAUGGUUUGUACCAGUACAUUAGUGUUAAAUCAGAACUGAAAUUUAAACAUAUGAAUGUGAGUAUGUAUAUAUGAUAUGGCAUUAUCAGCUUAUUUAGAACUGAUGGCCUUAUCUUAUAAUCUUGUUUUACUCAAAAUUAAACUAUUGGGCUUGAAAGCUAAAAGGAGCACUUUUGUAGAAUAGCAGCUUCCUUCUCCUCUUCCUUGAUUGUAUGGUGGUGACCUAUUUUUACAAAUUAUACUUAAUGUUCAUUAGUAAAAUAAGUGUUAAGAUAACCUGCUUCUACCUGUAUUUCUUGUGACCCUUUAAAGGGCAGGGAUUUAUACCUGGUAUUUAUGAUGCAGUAUAUAAACAGUGAACAGUAACUGACAAUAUUGUGGUGUUUGCUGUACAGGUCCGAUCUUUUGAAAAAGGUUUUUAGUAAUCGUUUUCCAGAGGUAAAACUAGAUCCUUAUUCUAAUUUUAUUCCUAGGGCAAAGUAUUACUAGACAGGGAUCAUUCCCUUAAAUCUAUUCCCCAAUUAAUAUUAUUAUCUUCAGUAUUUCUAUAUUUUAAGGCCAUUUGGUGCAAUUUAGUAAAUGUUGGCCUCCCUUAGCCACAUUCAAAAUUCAUUUCCCAAACCUCAGGAACAUUACAAAGAAUGGAAACCCUUAAUAUGGCAGCACAAUUGGCUGUAGUCUGUAUUUAGGGUACAACCAAAUCAAGGAUUCCUGGUGGUCUUGUGCACUUUAAUUUCUGUUACAGUAAGACUUAAGAGGGUGAGGAAGAAAUCUACUUGUUAACACUUAGGGCAGGAAAAUCUGCAUGAUUCCGUUUGUUUUCUUACUAUUUUACCUCUGCAAACAUCCUGUGCAGAUCACUACUUCACAGUUGCCAAAUUUUAAAACAUUUGACUUUUGAAAUUCAUUAUCAGCAAAGUUAUGCUACUUUGUUUCUAAUUAACCUUAGCAAAUGUACAUAAUGUCAUAACCCAAUAGUAUUUGAAGUACUUAUGUAUACAAUGUUUGAUAAGCAUUUUUAAUAAGAUUUGUAUUUUUAAAUUUAGUAUAUAAUAAAAAGAUGUGUUUGAGUGU